UGUUCUUCUUCGCGGUAUUCAGGCGUCAUGGUGGGGGUUCUUCGAGAGCGCGGGCGAUGUUAUACUUUUGGCGGGUUGGUCCCUUUGUGCGGUUCUUUUCAGCUCUGUCUAUAACAGACUGCCCACACCAUUGAAAAUGGAUGACACGGUCGAUUUGGUUUACCCAAGGAGGGACGGGGUCUCCCCCAUUCGUUCUGCGGCUAUUCUUAUGCGAAUACGAACAAAACUCUUUCAUGCUGUAAACACAUUGCUCUGGGUUUCUGAAUUGUUAGUCGCAUCGGUCGAGUUAUGUAGUGGUUGGUCGUCGUUGGGUUUCCUUCUCCUGCUUCUUCUUCGACCAAAUAUCGCCGCCGGUUUCACUCUAAGAGAGGACUCUCUCGCUCUUGGCUCGCUGCCCUUUUACGAUGCCUCAGGCUACCCGAAUCGUGGCGAGCCCAGCCACCUAUUCCAUAAUCGAUCUCAUGAUUUUCUUCCAUCUAUUAUCUGCGCUGACAUGGACAGAGGGAUGAAUUGUCGGUCUACGCAGAAUGAGGCUGGAAGAAAAUUCCUUGAUGUUCGAUUACAGACCAUAAGAGAGGGAAACAUGCAUAACCUUUCUUCUCGUGGCUGAUAGAACGGAGGGGUGGACCUGGAAGUCUUGAUCCGAUUUACUUUCUUUAGAAUUGCCAGUGAGCCGGCUGUGAACCUUGGUCAAAGUGGACCGAGCUAAGCAUCACCAUCAGUCACCGUCACCACAAUUACCGCUAGGUGUAAAUUGACAAUAUGGAUCUUUUGUGAGCCAAAAGGUUUCCCUCACCUGAAAGGAAAAUUGGCAGAUGAACGAGAUAAAGAACAAGAAUGCAUAAUUUCAAUGAAGAAUGGCCGAGACAGUGUAUUGGUG